GGAUCGCUCUCGUCUUCUUCACUGAAAUUGUCCUCUCAGUUUCUACGCGAAGUUUUCAACAGAUUCGCCGGAAAAAAUCAACGGUGGAGAAUGGCUCUAUCGCGCCUCACAUCACGAUCCAACAUCAUCACGCGUCCCUUCUCCGCCGCCUUCAGCCGAUUGCUCUCAACGGACACAACUCCGAUCACAAUCGAGACUUCGCUUCCUUUCACAGCUCACUUAUGUGAUCCACCGUCACGCUCCGUCGAAUCAUCGAGUCAAGAGCUUCUCGAUUUCUACAGAACCAUGGCGUUGAUGCGACGUAUGGAAAUCGCAGCCGAUUCGCUUUACAAAGCGAAGCUAAUCCGAGGGUUUUGUCAUCUCUACGACGGCCAAGAAGCUGUAGCUAUAGGCAUGGAAGCUGCGAUUACAAAGAAAGACGCGAUUAUUACUGCUUAUCGUGAUCACUGUAUUUUCUUAGGUCGUGGUGGUUCGCUUCAUGAGAUUUUCUCAGAGCUUAUGGGAAGACAAGCUGGUUGUUCUAAAGGGAAAGGUGGAUCUAUGCAUUUCUAUAAGAAGGAAUCGUCGUUUUACGGUGGUCAUGGGAUUGUUGGUGCUCAAGUUCCAUUAGGUUGUGGUAUUGCUUUUGCUCAGAAGUAUAAUAAGGAAGAGGCUGUGACAUUUGCUUUGUAUGGUGAUGGUGCUGCGAAUCAAGGACAGUUGUUUGAAGCUUUGAAUAUAUCUGCUCUUUGGGAUCUACCUGCUAUUUUGGUCUGCGAGAACAAUCACUAUGGAAUGGGAACUGCUGAAUGGAGAGCCUCUAAGAGUCCAUCUUACUACAAGCGUGGUGAUUAUGUUCCUGGACUCAAGGUCAGCUUUUGAAUCUUAUUUGUAACUAGGAUUGAUGCGUGAGGCUUGUUAAAAUUAGAAAGGGAAGUUUUGAUUGGCUAGAUGAAUUAGUGUCAUUUCCUGAAUGAUAGAAGUUUCUUAGUUUCCAUAUAGUAACAAGUAGAAUGCAAGUAUAAGUAACUUGCUACUACACAGCUUUUAUUUAUAACUCUUUCAGUUUAGAGAUGGUAUGUGAAUGUCUUAUGGAUAAUGAUGUCAUGAAUCCUGUAUCGUUGACAGAGCCAUGGUGCAUCAUUUAUCUUGUUCUGAUUGGGUUUCUUGUAAGCUGCAUUAAGUUAUCAAGUUCCUUUCGAGUUUGACCGGUUGGUGGUUUGUAUGGAUAAACAGGUAGAUGGUAU